AUGUUUUCUUUUACUGAUGAGACGAGGAAGCAUGUUGAUAAGAAUGAAAACGAUCUUCAAAUGUAUCCAAACUUAAGAUCUGAUAUGCGAGGAUUUAAUGAUCUCAUUGAACGAAACAAAAGCGUGUUGAGACGAGAGAAGACAAUGCCAAAAGACACACCAUCUGCGAGUCGUUCACAUCUCACAUGGUGA